UACUUCUUGUUGCUUCAACUGAACUUUAUUAUAAUUAGUAGUAAUAGUAGUGAUGAGUAUGGAUCCUUACAUUCUAUGCAAUUUGCAAAGUACUUCCACACGUUAACCAGCAAUAGUACCAACAUUCACAUCAACACUAAUAAUAACCAACCCUUACCGAUGGCUUCCUGUGAACCGGACACUGUGUUCUACACACUGUACGGCGUAUUUAUGCUAGAGUCUGUGGCAGUGGCAGAUCCACAACUUCUGUAUAUGGAAGAAUUCAAUGGCACAAUCUAUUUGGAAGGGGAGCAUGGGGGUUGGUUAUGAAGAUGUAAUUGCGUAGCACUUUACGUGAGCUUGUAUGUAUUGUAACAAAUGGGGGGGAGCUGAUGGAAAAUUUGAGCACCCCAAACCACCUCUGAGAACUUAAGCUUGUCAAGGCACCAUUCAAAGCAGACUUACUAGAUUCAGAUCCCAGUUCUGUCUCUAAUGGCUGUGUGACCCUGGGCAAGUUAUUUAACCUCCUUGUUUUCUGAGCUUGUAAAUCAGAGUUAAUAAUAGAAUCUACCUUGUAGAUAAUACUGAGUUUAAUGAUGAUGCAAGUAAACCACCUAGCAGUGCCUGGCCCAUAGCAAGUCUCAGUGAGUUGCCUCCUGUUAGAACAAGAAACAAAAUGAAAUCUCAAACAGUCCUAAUAGGUUGGGAGCUCUGAUCCCAUUUUACAGGUGGAAAACAGAGGCAGUAAGUGACGGAGAGGAAAUUCCAACCUAGUGUGCCAGACUCUAGAACCUGAAAUUCCAUUAUACUGCCACCCCUCUCCAGCCUCGCCCAGGAUUAUCUCAAUCUUCAUGAAAAAAAAAAAAAAGCAGACCCAAUACUUGGAAGAAUCAGUUGAAAUGCCCCAACUAGCCCUUUGACCAACAUAUCUGUUCUGCAAUAAACCCUAAUGACAAGAGGUGAUCUUGUAACGGAAAAGAAAGCAGGGCCUUGCUCAGCCUUCUGGGGCACUAUGGAAUGAAAUCACAGCACACAAGAAAGAACUUUGAAAACUGUGACAGUGCUUUACAAAGAUAUAUCAACAUUAUUAAAUGCUGCCCCCACCUUCUUUUAUCAAUCCCAAAGAAACCACUCACCUGUUUGGUCUUUCCAGCACCUCCCCCUCCCUGCCCCCAAAUGCAGCUGUGCCCAGCCAGUAGACUGUUUUCCUUAAAGGCCUCCGGGUCCUCGUAGCUUCUUUAGACAUUCAGCCAAAAUUUUUAGAGUACGGCUUGGGGGAGGGGUAUCUCACCCUGAAUUCAUUUAGCUCCGUCGCUGAAGCUCAGGUUCCUAGACCAGGGCACAAAAACAAAGCGAAAAGGCAGUUUCUGAAAGACUGGAAAACAGCUAAUUUUGCAGGUGCUUCGGCAUCAGUGGUAGCAAUGAAUGUGACGUUCAUUCCGGGGGGGGGGAGGUUUGAUUGCAGAUGGAAUGGGUAAUACCCUUAUGAAAUUCACAGCGAAAAUCUUGAAACAGGCCAUUUAAAUUCACUGCUCGGAGUGGGGUGGGGAGCGGUAUCGGAAACGACGCUUGUGGUUUUCAAACGCAUUUUAACUUGGGAAAGCCGGGCGGAGAAAGGAAAGGUCAUAGUCUGUUUAAUUUCCACCCCCAACCCUGGUCUUCCAGCAUUAGCUCGCUGGGCCUCAGCUGUUGUACACACACAGCGAGGGGGGAGGGGAGGGCGGAGGCGCGGAGGAGGGGCCGACUGGGAGGAAUCUGGGCGCCCUGCCGCGCAUGCGCUUUUCCCGAGCAACAAGUGGGCUCCACAGAGGAAGUGUAAAGGGGAGGGGGGAGAACUGGUGCAGAGCAUGGCGGUGACGUCAGCGCUCCGCCUGGGCGGCAUCCCGCGCGGCCGAGCCCGGGACAGCGCGAGCCGCAGCGCGAGCGGGAGCGCCGAGCCGCGCCUCCGGAACGUAGAGUAACAAUCACAACCCCACAUUCCGGGCGAGCGCGAGCGGGAAGGGAUGCGACCCGGGUCGAGGCGCCGCGCGAGCGCCCUGCAGCCAACGUGAGCGCCGCCAGCCGGGGGGGGCCCGGGCGCCCGCCAGGCCUGGGGGCGGCGGGAGCCUGCGUGCGUGCGCUCCUCUCCUCUGCUCUCGUGCGUCCUGGAAGCAGUGGCCGCGGCGGCUCCCUCCGGCCGUGCAAACCCAGCUGCCGCCAGCGGAACGGCCAACGCUGCGAGGGGAGAAGCUCCUCUCUCGGCUGCCACCCCCUCCCCCGGUCCUCCAGGGAAGCAGCUACUUCAGCAAGAUUGGACUCGGGCACCGGGUGGCACUGAACCCUCUAGCCUUCAUCCCAGAGAGCCUGGCGGGGAGAGGACGCAGGUCGUAGGGGGUCCCCCCCAGGGGAGAGGAAGAGACAACCCCUUUCGAGCUUCCAGGCAGCAGCCACUCCGGGGAGGGGGCCAAGAACCAACGGCGGCCAGCACCCGGCACCCUCGCCCCCUCCCCCCGGGCCCGGAGCUUCCAGCCCGGGUCUGCGACACCAGGAAGAAGGCGCCUGAGCUCCCCUCCCGACGAAACAGCCGCAGUAGGAGGUGGGGGCGAGGAGCGGGCUGAACUCGUCCGCUGCCCGGGCGGUGGAGCCCCCGCAGCGAGGCGCUGCGCGGGCGGUGGAGACUCGCGCUCCCUCCAGCCCCUGGGGCAGAACUUUCUCGCCCCCCCUCUUUCCCCCGCAGCCGUACUCCCUCCCCAGCCGGCCAGCCCUCCGGGAGGAGAAAGCGCCGCGGAGACAGCCGGGGCGGGGGCCUACCUUCCCGAGGGCCGGCAUCAUGUCGGCGGCGCAGGUGUCCUCGUCCCGAAGACAGUCUUGCUACCUGUGCGACCUGCCUCGCAUGCCCUGGGCCAUGAUCUGGGACUUCUCGGAACCCGUAUGCCGCGGUUGCGUCAACUACGAGGGCGCGGAUCGCAUCGAGUUUGUGAUCGAGACCGCGCGUCAGCUGAAGCGGGCGCACGGCUGCUUCCAGGACGGCCGCUCCCCCGGGCCGCCGCCGCCCGUCGGGGUCAAGACGGUGGCCCUGUCGGCUAAGGAGGCGGCGGCCGCGGCUGCGGCAGCGGCCGCCGCACAGCAGCAGCAACAGCAGCAACAACAGCUCAACCACGUCGAUGGUUCCAGCAAGCCUGCGGUGCUGGCGGCCCCGUCCGGCCUGGAGCGCUAUGGCCUGAGCGCAGCCGCUGCUGCCGCCGCCGCCGCCGCCGCCGCGGUUGAACAGCGCAGCCGCUUCGAGUAUCCUCCACCACCGGUGAGCCUGGGAACCAGCAGCCACUCCGCGCGGCUGCCCAAUGGCCUGGGGGGCCCCAACGGCUUCCCCAAGCCCACACCGGAGGAGGGACCCCCGGAGCUGAACCGCCAGAGCCCCAACUCGUCUUCAGCGGCGGCGUCGGUGGCGUCUCGGCGCGGGACGCAUGGUGGACUAGUGACAGGGCUGCCCAACCCGGGGGGUGGCGGAGGCCCCCAGCUUACCGUGCCCCCUAAUCUGCUGCCGCAGACGCUGCUUAACGGUCCGGCCAGCGCCCCCGUGCUGCCCCCACCGCCGCCUCAUGGUCUGGGCAGCCGUGGGCCCCCGACGCCCGCGCCCCCCGGGGCCCCCGGGGGCCCAGCUUGUCUCGGGGGCGGCCCAGGCGUAUCGGCCGCGUCGUCCUCCGCGUCAUCUUCGACCUCGUCGUCGGUGGCCGAGGUGGGCGGGGGUGCUGGUGGCAAAAGGCCCGGCUCCGUGUCGAGCACUGACCAGGAGCGCGAGCUGAAGGAGAAGCAGCGAAACGCCGAGGCCCUGGCUGAGCUGAGCGAGAGCCUGCGCAACCGCGCGGAGGAGUGGGCCAACAAGCCCAAGAUGGUCCGCGACACGCUGCUCACGCUGGCCGGCUGCACGCCCUACGAGGUGCGUUUUAAGAAAGACCACUCGCUGCUGGGCCGUGUCUUCGCCUUCGACGCCGUCUCCAAGCCUGGCAUGGACUACGAGUUGAAGCUGUUCAUUGAGUACCCCACGGGCUCGGGCAACGUGUAUUCCAGCGCAUCUGGUGUGGCCAAGCAGAUGUACCAGGACUGUAUGAAGGACUUCGGUCGGGGUCUCUCCUCCGGCUUCAAGUAUCUGGAGUAUGAGAAGAAACACGGUUCUGGGGACUGGCGCCUACUUGGAGACCUGCUGCCCGAGGCCGUGCGCUUCUUCAAGGAGGGCGUGCCCGGCGCCGACAUGCUGCCCCAGCCCUACCUGGACGCCAGCUGCCCCAUGCUGCCCACGGCUCUGGUGAGUCUAAGCCGCGCCCCCAGCGCGCCCCCGGGGACCGGGGCCCUGCCGCCCGCCGCCCCCUCGGGCCGGGGCGCAGCUGCCAGCCUGCGCAAGAGGAAGGCGUCCCCCGAGCCCCCGGACUCCGCCGAGGGCGCGCUGAAGCUGGGCGAGGAGCCGCAGAGGCAGCAGUGGAUGGCGAACCAGAGCGAGGCAUUAAAGCUCACCAUGUCGGCCGGGGGCUUUGCGGCGCCGGGGCAUGCGGCAGGGGGUCCGCCUCCGCCGCCCCCGCCCCUGGGACCCCAUUCCAACCGGACCACCCCGCCCGAGUCAGCCCCUCAGAACGGUCCGUCGCCCAUGGCUGCCCUCAUGUCGGUGGCAGACACACUGGGCACGGCGCACUCGCCGAAGGAUGGCAGUUCUGUGCACUCCACCACUGCGUCCGCACGGCGCAACAGCAGCAGCCCAGUGUCGCCGGCCUCCGUACCCGGGCAGCGCCGCUUGGCAUCACGGAACGGGGACCUGAAUUUACAGGUGGCGCCCCCGCCGCCUAGCACCCACCCGGGCAUGGACCAAGUGCACCCCCAAAACAUUCCGGAUUCCCCUAUGGCCAACAGCGGGCCCCUUUGCUGUACCAUUUGCCACGAACGUUUGGAGGACACGCAUUUCGUUCAGUGUCCCUCCGUUCCCAGCCACAAAUUCUGCUUCCCUUGCUCUAGAGAGAGUAUCAAGGCCCAGGGGGCGACCGGCGAGGUGUACUGCCCCAGCGGAGAGAAAUGCCCCCUGGUUGGGUCGAAUGUACCUUGGGCCUUCAUGCAGGGCGAAAUCGCGACGAUCUUAGCUGGGGAUGUUAAAGUGAAAAAGGAGAGAGACCCUUGAACCGCAAGACAGCCACUUCCUUAGCCCCAGACCAGCUCCUCUCCCGUCCAGAGGGCCCCUCCCCCACCCACAUCGACCCUCUCUUCCCUCACUCUCAAGAUGUAGAAUUGUGAAUAUAACAAACUGCAAAAAGUUAGUCUUAUGUAUAGACAUUAUUUUCGUCGUAUGUUUCUAUAUUUUGAAACAAAGGUAUGUAACUUCUUCAUUUGAAGGAUAAGCUGGUUUGUGUUAAGCAGUAUAAUAUUGGUUCGGUCAUUUGCAUCAUAUUCGUUAGCAUUUAUUGGUGGCAGAGUGUUUGCCUAGGUACAGAAUUAAUAGCCUUUAGCAACGACUGCUGCUGGUGUGUAUUUUUGUAAAUGUUAUGCACUCACUGAAAGGAAGAAAAAAACACACACAAAAGAAAAUGACUUUUUUUUUUGCCAAGGCCAGUGUUGCUGCCUAAAAAGAAAUGAUGCUAUAAAAUGGUGAGAGCUUCAGUUCUGAACAGCCCCAAGUGUUGAAGUCUUCACUUUAUUUUGUUCUGUUUUGUUUUGUUUUUCUGUUUCCUUUGCAAAAUGGUAAGGGGGGUGUUGGGGGGUGGGUGUUUUUUGUUGCAAGUUUGUGAGGGAAAAUGUUUUGGUUUGUUUCUACUGACCUGAAUGUGUUGGAUCUUCACGUGUUGUUUUGUUUUUGCUUUAUUGAUGCACGGAUGCUUUUGAACAGUAGAGCGAAAUGCUAGACAUGGAGAAUCUGCUCUGUUUGUCCUUUAUACAUUUCUGUAGUUAACAGAACACUGUAAUGUGCCUUGGAGCUUAGUAACUUGUAAUAAAUUCAAUUGAUAUUAAUUCUGCCCCGAGUCAGC